GGCACUCUGCACAUCCACCGUCCUAAUAAACAACUGUCGGUCCCACAACCCUUCUCCUCCCUCCUCAUAUGCACGGCCAUUGUCAAUCCAUUAUGGUAUCCUUCUCUCUCUCCCUCCUCUUUACAGUGCUAUUAGAACAGGAUACUAACCCCCAAGGAAAAAUACCAACUCUGUCUGUCCUGCAUGUGACCGGCCAAGCACCUCGACCCUGGCUGGUUGCGUUGCCCAGGGUCAACACGUCAAGCGAAAAGCAGAGUCGACCAGCCUACCUACCCACGGCUCUCAAACUCAUUCUCACUCUCCCUCCAAAAAGUGAAGAGACAAACGCGGCAGGUUGGCGGCAUUCGGACACCGAUCGUUCCUCUGUCGGUCAAACCACUGAUAAGACUUGCCCUCCAACACUGAACACUAUUCAGAGCUGGCCGGUCCCGCCCUUAUUAACGGUACACCUCUAGAGUUGACAGGUAACAAGAGGUGUCAGAUCGAGAUGGACUUGCGCAACUAGCCCGCCUCUACCAUCUGGGCGGGUCACAAUCCCCUCCUCGGGCGAGUAAGUCGACCGCAGUCAUCAUCCUCCGCAAAUCAUCGCAUCAUGGACACACCUUUCGCCUCUCCCCCCUCCCGGUCCUAGAAACAUAUCGGUUCCUUUUCCAAAACACAGAUGUAAUCAAUUUAGAGCGAUGACUCCCAUGCUAUCUUCAUUUGGAUAGACCAUCGCAUUUUACAGAACGCAAACCGGUUCGGCUCUACCCCACUCCCACAGACUCUACUCAUAGUUGAGAGUUAUCGAAACCGCUCCGCCACUGAGGGGCCUUCUUCACUGUGGCGAAUAUCGCGGGCUGAAAUUCCUCUUUUGUCAUGUGCCACCUUUACGACGCGCGAUGUUUUAUCAGUCCACAUCUUAUAGAACAUUGACUUGGCAAAAAGGAGGGGAGGGGGCUUCUCUGGCCCACCACACCGCCCUGAACGCCAUCCUUUUCAACCCCGUUUGACAAUCACCGUAUGUGGCUUCACGCGUCGUUUCGAAUGUAUUUUUGCUUCUC